AUGUCGGAGAAGUCGGAGGGGCCAACAAAGAAGGACUCGACGACGGUUGCAGUGCCAAUCGGCGCGGGGCCGAUGUCGCCCACGGUUGUCGGGGUAGACGAAGUGGUCGGGGUAGAUGACAGCAACGCUGGCGACGGGCUCGUGCUAGACGAAGAUGAAUUCCCGCCGGCACCAUGCAGUGCGAACCUGGUGACGCGCUCAACUUGGACGUCGGUGCUCUCUAGACUCUCGACGUACGGUACGGGUGCGCAGGGGCACCGAGUUUACGCCGAUUUUGGGGUGAAACGGACAGCGCGCGGACGGGCGGGACGCGCGUGCUUGUCCUCCCAUGGCCCGCUUGUCGGUGGCAGAAAGCAAAACCCUCCGCCCAUCCAUUUGGCGCCAUUUGCAGCAAACCCUCCCACGUCCCUGAAGAAGAAGGCCAAGGCGCCAAGGAAGCCGCGGUCGGAGUGCACGCCGGAGGAGAUCGCCAAGUUGGACAAGGAAUCGGCGAAGAGGAGGGGCCGGAGAGCGGUCGUCAAGGUCAAUGCCGCGGCGGCCAAGCUCGCCGCCGAGCGCGAUGCGAUGGAGGCCGCGCGGCACAAGGCCGCGUUCAUGGAGGAUGUGAUCUACGAGGGUGGGCACGGCCGUGCCUACGACCCGGACGAGACCCAAAGUCAGGAUGGCCGUGCCCAGUACGUUCCCGAUGAAGAGGCCGACGACCGUGCUGACUACGACCAUGGUGACUCGUGGCAUGAGGACGAUGACAUCUAUUGCGAAGGUGAUGGUGAUGAAGAAGAAAGCAAUGACAUUGAUAUUGGUGGCGAGCCAUUGUUCAUCGACGAGCUCACCCAAAGAGCGGAAGCACAAAAGAGGUGGAAGAGCAUUCGCACGGCAUUUCAAUCUUUGGAAGCAUUCAAGGCCCGGCACAAUGACAAGCCAUUCACUCUUACGCAUUGUUGGACGAUCAUCACCAGUUGCCCCAAGUUCAAGGAUCAAUACCGUGAACUUCAAAAAAAGAGAGGCAAGAAGAUGGCCAAGUACGCCGGAGGUGGAGAUGGCGAGGCGUUGAAGAGGCCGAGGGGCAAGACCAACUCCAAUGUGGACGACAUAAGUGAUGCCUCAUCCAUGGACUUGCACGACACUUUGCAUGGCAUGAUGUCUCAAAAGGAUAUGAGGGACGAGAAGAAGCGGCAAAGCAAGGACGAGAAAAUGAAGCAAUACCUAGAGCUUCAAAGGAAGAAGCUUGAGAUGGAGGAGGCGGCCAAGAGGAGGAAGAUCGACAUGGAAGAGGCAUCCCGGCAAAGGCAGCUCGACAUCGAGGCGGCCAAUGUCUCGGCCAGGCAGAGGCAGCUCGACAUCGAGGCCACCAAUGCCGCAACCAAAGCAAGGGAGGUGGCCCUUGCGAUCAUGAGCGUGGACUUGUCCAAGAUGAGCGACAAGACGAGGGCCUGGUUCGAGGCCAGGCAGAAGGAGAUGCUCGACGCCGACGGCCUGAACUAG